UGAACGUUUCCCACCUGACCAAGCUCCUGGAGAUAAAAAAACAGCCUGCUAAAACACCAACCAACUCACACGCAUAAUGUACCUCGCCGUUCUGUCGCUAUGUGUUUUACUAUGUGGGUCUAUUUCUGGGUUGAUUCUGCCCAUAAAAAGCCAGAUGGUAGUACAGAUGUCUCAAGCCUCUCUGAGUCACGUUACCCUCCUUGAACAGACUGUGACCACUCUUCAGAAAACCACUGGACAGUUACAAACAGAUCUACAGGUCAGCAAGGCACAAUCAGCUGCUCAAAUUGCGACUUUGACAAAGGAAGUGGAUUCCCUAAAAGCAGAACUGAAGCUAUCCUCCAAUGAUAUCGCUGUGUUGAAAUCAGAAAUGAAUGACAUGAAACGGAUUACCAGUAACACUAAUAAUCAGUUGAACUUAACAAUCUUGGAUUGGAUCAGCCACGACGUCAAGAUGAACACGGCACAGGUAAAUGCAUUUCAGACGGACGUCAAUAUGUUGGGCAAACAACUCAGUCUAGUAAACGCUACUGUUGAUGAUGUAAAGAGAGAGACAGACAGAUGUAUCCAGAAUACGUCAUCAGCUAUCCAGCUUAUAACACAGCAACAAGCCGAACUCCAGUCGACAAAGACGCUGACACAAAGUACAUCGCAACAACUGAUGAGGCUGGAACUGGAACUGAACUCAACAUCUGCAGGUCUGCUUCUGACACAGAAUAAUUUCAUCUCAACGAGUACUGACGUCACGACUUUGAGAGGUGACCUGUCCGCUGUGAAGAACCAGUCCCAGGAUAACAAGCAGUCUUUGGCAAAGGUUAAACAAGAUCUGAAGUUGUUGGCGGAUGUUCACACGACGAAUAUCAGCCUGGAGACUUUGUCAGCUGACCUGGCCGCUGUCAAAACACAAUCUGAGGACAAUAAGAAGUUGGUGGCGGCACUUGCAUCAAAGACCAGAAACGUGGCAUUCCAAGUUUCCAGCCCAACAAGCAAGACACCUGCAUUCACUGCCCUGACAUUCAUUAAGACCCUGUACAACGCCGGAUCUGCCUUUAACACCACCACGGGAAGGUUCUCAGCGCCGGAGUCUGGAACCUACAUGUUCUGGACCAAGCUGGAGAUGGUCGAGUCCAACACCAACAUGAACGUGUACAUCAUGAAGUCCGGGAGAGUGUCCAUGGCAGGCGGGUACGUGGCGACGGACUCCAAUAUUUACGUCGCUGAUAGUUCUGCUGUUGCUGUUGAUCAUCUCAGCAAGGGGAGGAGGUUUGGGUGGAGGUGUCGUCGACACACAACCUCUAUGAUGGCAAUAUGUCGUCAUACUUUGGUGGGGUCAUGCUGUCAGUAGAUUGAUAAAUUUGUUUUGUUAUCCUGAACUGUAUUAGAAGUCAUAUCAAAUGUAGCAGUUGAA